AAUGGCGUUUCUCUCUCUCUCUCACGCUCUCACUGAUAUGAGGAACCUCCUCAGGAUCGCCCCUCGCUACGCGCGUUCCUUCCUGUCUUCCUCUUCUCGCCCUAACUCUUCCAUUGGCUUCAUUGCCGCCGUCACUGCUCCCGGCAGACGCUUCUUCUCCGAUGAGAGUGGCUCCAACUCUGGCGAAUCUAAUCCGCCGCCGGAGCCGCCCGCCGCCGAAGCGUCUACCACCGCCAACGAGAUAGUACCGGCCGAGACGGAGAAAUCGCUCCAGGUCGAAGAUGUUGGCACCAAAGAACUUAGUCAGAGAAUCUGGAAGUAUUUCAAGGGGGACGAGGAAGCACUUGGUUCUGUCAUGGAAGCGAUUCUUGCCAGAAGAUUAGCAGGAAAGCAUGAAGAAACUGACGAUGAGUUGAUGGAUGAAUUGAGAUUGAAGCCACUCGAUGAUGUUAGUGACCAAGAAUUUGAGUCAGAUUUUGAGGAGCUUCACCAGACAGAUGAGGAAAUUGAUAAUCUUUAUAAUGCCAGGCAAUAUGUGGAGAAGAAAUUAAUGAAAGAUGAGUUCUUCAAUAUGUCGAGUGAGAAGUAUGAUGAGAUGGUAAAAGAAGCAACAGAAAAAGGAUUUCUUCAGGACACUGGCAAAUGUGAAGAAAUUCUAGAGGACAUGUUGAAUUGGGAUGAGCUUCUUCCAGAUGAGAUAAAGAAAAAGGUGGAAUCAAAAUAUUAUGAGCUCUGCGAUAUGUGUGAACGGGGAGAAAUAGAACCGGUUGAUGCAUAUGAACAGUUCAAAGAAUUUGAAGACCAAAUUGUCCAAGAAUGUGCUGAUAUCAUGGCAGCUGAGCAGCCUACUGAAGAUAUAGGAAAAGAAUCUGACAGGUCGAAAACCCUGGAUGAUCCACCUGGCGAAGGCCCCAUUUUGAGGUGGGAAACGCGUGUUGUUUUUGGUCCUGGAGGAGAUGCAUACCAUCCCAAAAAUCGGAAGGUGAAGCUUUCUGUAACCGUGAAAGAGUUGGGUCUUUCAAAGUAUGCUUAUCGCCGAUUAAGAGAGGUUGUUGGCAAGCGGUAUCAUCCUGGAAAAGAUGAGCUCACAAUAACCAGUGAAAGGUUUGAACAUCGAGAAGAGAACCGAAAGGACUGUCUGCGUACUCUCUAUGCCCUCAUAGAUGAUGCUGAGCAGGCUGACAAACUAGUAGCUGAGGCUCGUACCAACCAUGUCAAGCAACGACUCAGAGGUAAUCCUGAGUUUAUGCAGAGAUUACGAGCGCAUGCUGCUGCCUGUAGAGGAUCUCUUCCAGUCUCCCCAGCUUAACCUUUUUUUCCGCCGAUCCAAUAAUCCAAACACAGCGAUAUGGAACACUCAUGUCUCCGUUGCAGCGUCCUGCGUGCGCCAGCAGGUGACUCUUCGAUUUUGCUCCAUUAUGAAUUUCUGGCUUUCUGCUGUAUGUUAACGUUAACCCUUUUGUAUUCCUGUUUCGACAAAUGCUGUACGGCAGUAAUCCAAUGCUUUCUACCAGUGAUAUCUGUAUUAUCUACCCCGAGGGGUAUAGCUCAAACAAAAGAGAAGGAGGGGAUUCGACCUCAAAUUACACACAUCGAUAUUGUUUUCAACUUAAUCUAAAUAUCACUGGCUUCCAACUUAAUCUAAA